CCCUUGGCCCGCCCCUUCGCGCCCAGCAGGUUUGCGGCCGCCUGCGCAGGCGCCAUGCGGACCCCGCCCACAUUUCCUCAUGGCGCAGGCGCCGCAGCCCCGCCUCUCUAGCGCGUGUCGCUCCCGACACUGGAUCGCGCAGGCGCCCUACCACUUGCCUGGUCAAAAAAAAAAAAAUACCCGGGCAGCCAAUGCGCACGCGUCAUGAUUUGUGCCGGAGCCUAGCAAGGCGGGUCUCUUUAGAGGCCCUGCGUAAUGUUGCUUAGAGUGCGCUAGUCCCAAAGACUGUCCUCAGCGUGUUUCCAGUGUGCCAAGGACGGUGCUAGGCAUGAGCCAGACAGUGAAACGCUGCCGCCGCCUGGAGCCUUUUAAUAUCAGCCAUGGUCAACCCCACCGUGUUCAACAUUGCUGUCGACGGGGAGCCCUUGGGCCGUGUCUCCUUUGAGCUGUUUGCAGACAAGCUUCCAAAGACAGCAGAAAACUUUCGUGCUCUGAGCACUGGAGAGAAAGGAUUUGGUUAUAAGGGUUCCUGCUUUCACAGAAUUAUUCCAGGGUUUAUGUGUCAGGGUGGUGACUUCACACGCCAUAAUGGCACUGGUGGCAAGUCCAUCUACUGGGAGAAAUUUGAUGAUGAGAACUUCAUCCUAAAGCAUACAGGUCCCGGCAUCUUGUCCAUGGCAAAUGCUGGACCCAACACAAAUGGUUCCCAGUUUUUCAUCUGCACUGUCAAGACUGAGUGGUUGGAUGGCAAGCAUGUUGUCUUUGGCAAGGUGAAAGAAGGCAUGAAUACUGUAGAGGCCAUGGAGCUCUUUGGGUCCAGGAAUGGCAAGACCAGCAAGAAGAUCACCAUUACUGACUGUGAACAACUUUAAUAAAUUUGACUUGUGUUUUAUCUUAA